GCAGUGGUAUUACAUCCUGGGGAGCUGAAGCUGUGACGUCACCGUCGUCGUUGUGCGGUGGAGUUUUUUUUUUUUUCUACUGUGCAGCCAACCGCAAGAAAUGGAUGUGUUUUUAAUGAUCCGACGCCACAAGACAACCAUCUUCACAGAUGCCAAAGAGUCCACCACAGUCUAUGAACUAAAGCGCAUCGUUGAAGGCAUUUUAAAGAGGCCACCUGAAGAUCAAAGGCUUUACAAGGAUGAUGUGCUGCUUAACGACAGUCAGACUCUCGGAAAUUGUGGCUUCACAAAUCAAACAGCCCGACCUCAGGCUCCAGCCACCGUGGGUUUAGCUUUUCGUCUCAGCGAUGAUUCAUUCGAGCCGCUGAGGGUCGAGUCCUUCUCCACUCCCCCGGAACUUCCUGACGUCAUGAAGCCUCAGGAUUCUGGAAGCACAGCCAACGAGCAGGCAGUACAGUGAAGGACGGAGCCCGUGACCAGGAAGUCCACACAGAGGGGUUCGGAGGGAGGGGCGUAGGAGGAGAGGGUGGGGGUUGAAUUUUGGGAAGCGACGCCUCCGUGAAUGACAUUUUCCUACGCUGACGAUUGUCAAGCGAGGCAUAAACAAUUGGAGAUCUCCCUUAAAUUUGAGAGGACUAUAAAGUGGUGUAUUUGUCUUGAAAAUAAAGGAGGGCAUGUUAGAAAAAUAUGUAUGUUUCACCAGAUACCCUGCAGAGAAACCUGAUGGACCUGUCACGACACUGUCAGCCAUCCACGGCAUUAGUGACGGCUGAAGCCAGGAAGCGUACCUCUAAUUUAAUGAAUUCUAGUCUUUAUUUGGAGCAAGGCUAUUGCUGCCUUGCUCGUGGUCUUUGUUUGGCAGGUUGUAAGAGUUUUAGUUGGAAAAAGCGUGGCUUUUUGUGUUUGUGUGUUUCUUUAUUAAACAAUAAGUAGGACUCUGUUUUGUUUUUGUCUUUUGCCUGGGUAUGUGUUGCAACCCUAAAUGGGAGUGUAUGAGUUUCUAAGUUACCGCUUGUAUUUCAGAAACAUCUGAACAAUACUCUAAAAUAAAAACAGAUCCACUGGUUUUUAUUACUCUUACCGGCUGUAGUUAAUAUUUUCCUCAGCAGAUACUGAACGUGAACUGGCAUCUUGAUGGGGGAACAUUUGUGUCUCACAUCGGGCUGUGGUUGAUGACGUUUUGGAGAUGACUUUAAACAUUUUAAACCACUUCACUUAAGGUUUACGUAUUGCUGCAGCUUCUCUUAGUUGCCCCUAAAAAUCCGAGCCAAUUUGUUUGCACAUCCUAACUUCACAUUAACGCGUAACUCUUGGUCAAAGGAAAUGGAAAUGAUAAAAUAUUUCUUUUUCCGACAAGGAAAGAGUAACCUGACCCAUGAGGAGUGAAAUUAAAGCGUUUUAACUUUUUGUGUAAGCAUGUUUGCAAAUUCAUGGCUGUUAACCGGGUGGACAUAAGCAGAGUUGCACUUGUAACUGACGUGACAUUAAAACAAUUGUUUUUCA